CCUUGUCUCGGAUUCAUACAUACCGGGUAGUUUGUGGAAGAGGCUGAAAAUUAUUGGUAGUGUGGAGGAUCAUGUGAUUGCAGGGAAUGAAUCUGCUUCCUGGUGCCCAAGGCAUUCUUCCUGAUAUGGUCAAGGGGUGGAGCAGGACUAUUUUAAUGUUGAGCGUGGUAGGGUUGUGUAGGUACUCGGUCUAACACAGACCAUCCUCCUCUCUCACUCGCACACGCACGCAGAGGCUCUGAGGACGACGGUGGAGUCUUGCCGUUCCUGAGUUCCCUUCCAAAACUUGGAGUCUGCCAGACUUCUCAUAGGAGAAAGGACUCGGGCUGCUCUCCGGGCAAGGAGCGCCUCACUGACCAACAGCGGGGUGACGUCAAGAGUUGGGUAACUUGAGGAGGAUCUGAACGAACCGUGACGCCGGGUGAUUUACUUUCCCUCAUCAGCUCCGAAGCCACUGACCAUUCACUUAGGAGGUGCCACUGUUAACCUCCGGUGCCUUAGCCAUUGAUGCAGACUGAUGUGGAAUGUGACCCUUUGUGACCCCAUCGGACAAGAAGGUUUUCAGUGACGACCGAGAGAAAGUGAGAUAAAGGGGAGCAGAGCUCAGGAGCAGCAGCGACACUGGUGAGGAACUUCUGGGGCUGAGUGGAGAAAGGAAAGGAGGAAUAGAGGAGCUCGUCUCCAGCUGUGUGCUUCUUUUUGCUUGAUAAGGACCAGAACUUGCCUCCACUCUGCCCCUUCCCCCCCAGCAUGCCGGUGGAAACCCUGCAGCCCUCAGAUGGGCCCAUGGUGGGGGCCCCCUUCACUUCAGCCAUGCCCUUCCGCAUCCUCAACAAGGGGCCCAACUACUUCCGGCGCCCAGCAGAGCCUGGGGCCCGCAAGCUGAGUGCUGUGGAGCGCUUGGAGGCUGACAAGGCCAAGUAUGUCAAGAGCCAGCAGGUAGCCAGCACCCGGCAGGAGCCCGUGAAGCCUCCUGUUAUCCGCAAGCCGCUGCUGUCCCCCAGCAUGAUGCUGCAGUGUCGCGUGAGCACACCGCCCGCCCGUAAGGCACUGCGCCGCCCUGGGGACCGCCGAGGGGCACCACUCAACCUGGACAUCCUGAACAACCUCAUCAACGUCAGCGACUCACCCCCUGCGGCCCCCUCACCUGCUUCAUCUCCUUCCCAGAGGAAUGGCCACCUGCACGGCACAAAUUCUUCCUCCUCAUCUUCGUCGUCCUUUUCUCCCCUGGGCAGGCAGCUUCCCGAGGACCAGAACCGCCGCCCACCCCCCAUACCAGCGCGGGCUGUUGCAGCUGGGGUCGCAACAGGUGGGUCGCCCAGUACGGUGACGGUACGCAGGGUGGAUGUGCGACCCCAUGCCGAGGUCCGGAAGCCCCACAGGGCCCAACAGCAGGUGCCAACUAAGCGGCCUCUUCUACAGCCUCAGGUGGCCCAGCCUCAGGCUCCACCUCCACUGGCCCCAGCCACAUUGCCCUCUGCUACCCAGACACAGCCCCAAGCUCCGCCUCCGCUUGCUGCUCCAUCUACAUCCCCUUCCUUGUUGGCCCAGACAUUCCUCCCUUCUAGCCCCCUCCUGCUGCGCAGCACAUUGCCACCUGCCUCUCCAGCCUUCACACGGCUCUCCUCCGCUAGCUCCCGGGGCUCCACACGCAAACAUCCCUCCCUGCACCGCUCUAAGUCGGACCUGAGCGACCGCUACUCGAGGGCCACUGCCGAUCUGGAGCGCUUCUUCAACUAUUGCGGGCUUGACCCUGAAGAAGUGGAGGGCAUGGGUGUGGAGCGCUUUGCUCGUGCCAGCUCGGACAUCGUUUCCGUAUCCAAGCUGCGCAGCGUCAGCACUCCCAGCUCCGAGUGUGCCGGGCCAUCCCAGCACAGCCGCCAGGGCGCUGAUGAGGAUGAGGAGGCCCCGCCCAGCGAGCGCGUUCCCUACGGCAUCUCCGUCAUCGAGAGGAACGCUCGCGUCAUCAAGUGGCUCUACGGCAUCCGCCAGGCACGUGACGCUCACACAAUUUCCAACGUUUAGCUGUUGAUGUGUGAAGUACGGAUGGACAGACAGCUGGAAAGAAAGGCAAAUCGGACUCACCUGUCUUUCUUUUUAUUUCUAUUUAUUUAUUGGCUAGUUUCUCAGAGCUACAGAUGGAAUAUGUUUGUUUUAAUUUGUUUUAUGUUGAAAGGUGAAAAUUACAUUUGUCUUAGCUCAUCCUUACUUUAAAGAUUGAGUGUUUUCGUUAAGAGUCGCAGCUCUGGGAGCAUUCAUCUUUAGAGGACACUCUGGAGCACCAUGUCUUCAGACUGUGUCAGGACUCCUAAACUCAAAGGCAGGAUGCGAUAAGCUAACUUUUUUUUCUUUUAACUUUUUGCAAUAAAAUGGGAGAGGGCAAAUAUUAAUGCAAUAAUAAUGAUAGUAACGGUAAUGCGGAUGAUGAUGACAUCAGGAGCGAUGGCAGGUGGCUAUUUUGGUGCUGCUGUAACCCAGCUCUUGCCUGGUACCGAGUUCUAAUGCAAGGGUCACAGAGUCUUCAGCCCACUGAGUAUUAGGUCUUAUGAGGAGCAUUCUAGGUGCGGAAGUAACCUGAGCAGGCCUGGCCCAUUAUGCAGGAUGACACUUCUGUGAUGGGCUCUGACACGGGCAACACCGGACAAGCUGAGCAACGAGGAAUAACUGAAAUAAUACUGUGAAAUCCUUUACUUCCACAAAGUGACUUUUAUUAAGAUGGGCAUAGACAGUUUGAGGCAUUGAGUACACUGCAGCAUGUACGUGUGUCUGUGUGUGUCUCCUGUGAGUGUGUGUAUGUGGGAGGUCAUUUCAGCCAAGCACAAUCUCUUCACCUCUACACUCACGCACUUGGUUUUUGGAGGUUUUGUUACCUCUUUUUUUGGGAGAAACUGCAUUUCCUAUUGAAGAAAGACAAAAACGACUUUUUUUUGUUUGUGUAGUUUGGUGUGACGGAUACGAGGGUGUUGUGUAAUGUUGUUAGCAGGAGGCUGAUGUAUGUGGAGAGAUGACAAACUUGCGUCAAUGAGAGUAAAGUGUUUUGGGGUAGGUGUGUAACUGUUCAGAGAGGGACUCCUAUGGUCCUUGCACUGCUGACACAAAGCACAGGUGUGUGUGUGUGUGUGUGUGUGUGUGUGUGUGUGUGUGUGUGAGAGAGAGCGAGAGAGCGUGAGAAAGAGAAGUCUGGGUAAAAGUUGACUGGAAAGAGGAAGGUUGUUAUGGUGAUUGGCAUUUGAGAUGAGAGGACUUGUGGGGGGUUUGUUUUAUUUUUUUAAACCUGUAAGUUCAUGAUUAUUGUUUUCCGAUUCACAGUAUUUGCUGCUGAAAUUAAAAGCUGAGGCAAAAUUGCUGUAUGCAGAUUGGCUUGCAUGCACACCCACGUUUAACAGAGGCCCUGCAGGACUUUCACUAACAGCACAGGAAAAGAGCACAAACGUGUGUGUGGACCUGUGACACACAGGCAAAAGAAAGUGUGUUUUGUUUUCUUGUUUCCCCUGGAAGUUUUUGUCUUUGUCUGGAGUCUCUGACUUUUGUUUACCUGCGCUGGACUUUGGUGGUAGUUGGUUUUCCUGCAACUUUGUGACUGCGUAACAUGUCAAUAAAGUUGGGAAAAAGUA